AUGUCCCCACUGGCCUCACUCCUGAUGCUGCUGUUGUUGUGGGGGUCAGCGUGUGCUGGGGUCUGGGGGUCCCCGGCUGGGACUGGGGCUGGCCAGCAGCCUCAGUCUCCCCAGAGGUUCCCAGUUUCUCGUUAUAGAAGCUACCAGCUGAGGGUGCAGGAGGUGGUGACGGUGCAGGAGGGCCUGUGCGUCUCCAUACCCUGCACCUUCUCCCACCCCUGGAUGGGCUGGGUCAGGUCUGAUCCAGCUCAUGGCUACUGGUUCCGGGAACAGACCGAUGUUCUCACUGGGGCUCCAGUGGCCACAAACAAUCCAGAAAGGAAAGUAGAAGAGGGGACCAGAGGCCGAUUCCAGCUCCUCGGGGACCCCAAGGACGGGAGCUGCUCGCUGCUGGUCAGAGAUGCAAGGAGGCAGGACGCGGCCAACUACUUCUUUCAGGUGGAGAGAGGAAACAUUGUGAAAUAUAAUUAUAAAGAACACAUGGUAACCCUGAGAGUGACAGACCUGAUGCAGAAGCCUGGCAUCUACGUCCCUGAGACCCUGGAGCCUGGCCGCCCAGCAACACUGCUCUGUGUGUUUCCUGGGGACCCUGAAGGAUGUCCAUCCCCCACGUUUUCCUGGACUGGGGUGGCCCUCUCCUCACAAGGAGCUGCACCACGAAACUACAUCUCCUUCUCUGUGCUCCCUGUCACCCCGAGGCCCCAAGACCACAAAGCCUGGCUCACCUGUGGAGUGGAAUUGAAAAAUGGUGUGAGCUCCUCAAACAAGGUCCAGCUGAGAGUGGCCCAUGCCCCGAAGGACCUUAUCAUCAGCUUUUCUCUGACCAAUACAUCAGUUCGGAGACUUCUGGGAAAGGACUCACGAGUGGACGUCAAGAAAGGCCAGUUCCUACGGCUGCUCUGUGCGGCUGAUGGCCACCCCCCACCCACGCUGAGCUGGGUCCUGAGUGACAGGGUGCUCUCCUGGUCCCCUCCCUCGGGGCCCAGAAGCCUGAUACUGGAGCUGCCUCAGGUGGGACCCAAGGACGCAGGGCGCUACACCUGCCGAUCAGAGAACAGGCUGGGCUCCCAGCAGCGCUGGCUGGACCUAUCUGUGCACUACCCUCCAGAGAACCUGUCAGUGAUGGUGUCCCCAGCAAACAGGACAGCCAUGGAAAACUUCACGAAUGGCAUGGCCCUCCCAGUCCUAGCGGGCCAGUCCCUGUGUCUCAUCUGUGUGGCUGACAGCAGACCCCCUGCCACGCUGAGCUGGGACUGGGGGAAACUCCCCCUGAACCUCUCACAGUCCUCAGACCCCGGGGUCCUGGAGCUGCCUCGGGUGCAGAAGGAGGAUGAAGGGGAGGUCACCUGUCGAGCUCGGAACUCUCUGGGCUCCCAGCACGUGACUCUGCACCUCUCUGUGCUCUACCCCCCUGAGCUGCUUGGCCCCUCCUGCUCCUGGGAGGCCGAGGGUCUGCGCUGUAACUGCUCUGCCCGAGCCCGGCCGGUGCCCUCGCUGCUCUGGUGGGUUGGGGACCGGCUGGUGGAGGGGAACAGCAGCAACAUCCCUGUCACUGUCACCUCCAUCUCGGAGGGACCCUGGGCCAACAGCUCCCUGACCCUCCAUGAGCAGCUCAGCCUAGACCUCGGACUUCACUGCGAGGCCAGGAAUGACCACGGGCUCCACAGAGUCACUGUCCUGCAGCUGCCAGGGAGCCCUGAACCUGGGGGAGGAUCUGUCCUGGCGGCGGCCCUGGGAGCUGGUCUCACGGCCCUGCUCGGUCUCUGUUCCUGCCUCAUCUUCCUCAUGGUGAAGACCUGCAGGACGAAGACAGCCAGGCCGGCUGCCGGAGGACCCCGUGGCCGCUCUGUCUCGAGUGACACCUCUCGGGGUCACCAGUGGAAGUCGCAGCCAGGCAGACCCCCAGACGCCUCACCGCUGGCUGUGGUCACCUCACCUCCAGCUGUGGCCAGCUCCCACUUGGAAGAAGACCAGGAGCUCCAUUACGCCUCCCUCGUCUUCCGGGGACUGAAGCCCCAGGAACCUCAAGACCAGGAGGACACCAGCACCAACGAGUACUCGGAGAUCAAGAUCUGGGGACUGAAGCCCCAGGAACCUCAGGACCAGGAGGACACCAGCACCAACGAGUACUCAGAGAUCAAGGCCCACUAG